AUGUCAAUUUAUAAACCGCUUCCAUUAAAAAUUGGAUCGCCUCAACCACCACAAUCACCAAAGAACUUGACGGUGCAUUCAUACAACAACCACUAUCAAACAAUCAGCAAUUUGGGCAAUGGAAGCUUUGGCUCUGUUGAACUAGCCAAGAUCAGAUUCUCUAAAUUAGACUUGCUUAAUUCUCAUUACUCUGAAGCGGGAACUUUACUUUACCCGCUAGAGGAUUCAAAAUUCAACACAUCAAAUUUAGUUGCUAUUAAAACCAUGAAAAAAAAGCUCCCCCUGUUGCAAGACUACUCCAAAGUGAAAGAAGUGAAAUUUAUCUUGAGCGUCCCCUCUCACCCAUGCUUGGUUCAGGUAUUUGAAGUAUUCAUUGAUGACUUGAACCAUCAGUUGCACAUUUCAAUGGAAGCGCUUAAUCAAAAUUUGUACCAAUUGAUUAGAUCACGCAAGAAUAUGAGAUUCUCACAAACCACACUCAAGAGCAUCCUUUCACAAUUGCUCUGCGCCAUUAAGCAUAUCCAUAACAAUCAGUAUUUCCACCGUGACGUCAAACCCGAGAAUAUCCUCAUACUACCAACCUUGCAAUAUUACGGCUCAAAAGAACGCGUGCCGCCACAUAGAAAGAACGACAACUUUAUAGUCAAGCUUGGCGACUAUGGCUUAGCAAGGCACAUAUCCAAUAUGCGAACAUACACUGCAUAUGUCUCAACACGAUGGUAUAGACUGCCCGAGAUUUUGUUGCGACAACAAUGGUACUCACGCCCAAUCGACAUUUGGGCAUUUGGAGCUGUUGCUGCAGAAGUGAUUAAUUUCGCACCGUUGUUUCCUGGUUCUAAUGAGUUUGACCAAAUUUGGAAGAUUUUGCAAAUCUUGGGAUCACCAACCAUGCCUGAAUUAUUCGUCCACAACAACAACAACAACAACAACAACAACAUCAAGAGCAGUAUCAGCGGCAUCGGCAGCAGAAGUAACCCUCACGGUAACCAAAAUUGUAUUAUACCAUUUGGUGGGUUUUGGAACGAAGCUAAACCAUUGGCUAGUAAUUUGGGAAUUGAAUUACCAAAUGAGCCUGGUACUAAUAUCCAUGAGAUUGUUCCAUGUAUUAAAGAUAAUAGCUUGCGCCAGGUAAUUCAGUCUUGUUUGUUAUGGGAUCCAUUGGCUCGCCCAGAUGCCAAUCAAUUAAGCAAAAUGAGCUAUUUCAAAGAAUCAGUGCAUGCAAUUGAUAAAUACCAUGAAAUAAGUAGCAGUAUGGGCAUGAUCAAGGGAAUAGUAUCCUCGUCGUCGUCAUCAUCAUCAUCAUUCUCCAUAUUGCCAUCAUCAACAUCAUCCACGAUAACAACAAUAACAACAACACCUGCAAAGUUGUUAAACUCAUUAUCUAACUCAUUGUCAUCAACGGUGUUAUCACCUUCUCUCCCAUUUCGCUAUCAUUGCAACAAGCCUGCCCAGCUUCCCACGUUACCCAUUGAAAAACCUUUACUUCCUUCGCCACUUGUGCAACCUAUUAAUUUGGAACAUACAAAUGGUACUUCCACUACAAAUAUAGCGGGUCAAGGUUUUCCCAAUAUUGAGAAUAGUUAUGAAAAUUAUUUUUCAGAUUAUUUAUCUCAGGUUGCAGAUUGUAGUUCCCAACAAAAACUUGAAAACGGUUGUUAUACUUUGUAUAAUAACUAUGGCGAGAAGUUCAAGAGUGACAAAAGUAAAGAACCCCGCAGCAUCAACGAGUUCAAGCGAGAUUAUGCUCAAUCGCCUGCAGGAAAAAAUAAUUCAAUUUCAACAGUAUCAUUUGAUAGCGAAGAUAUUUUAAAUUUGCACUAA